CGUGCUCAUGCUCAGAUGCGGAAAAAUGUUCAGACGACACGUUCGGAAAGCGGCGCAAGGGGCGAGGCGGCCGCGAGGGAUCGAGCCGCUUUAAUCUGGCUCACUCCAAAUGAGACAGGGGGUAACUAUAAGCGACGAAUGGACUACGCUAUCGUACGUUUUGCAAAAAGUGGCUUAGUUAUGGGAGCAAAAGCAGCCAUAAUCUCUGGCUCUAUUGUUGUUGCAUCUACACAUGUAGCUGCGUAUCGACAACGGUUCUCAUCCUGGUACCUACCAGCUUUUUCAGGUGUGCUCGCUGUCACACUUCAUGAAGUUGGUGGUGUAUUCACAUUCCCGCUUGGACUUAUCGGUUCACUGAAGGCGGUUGGUUUAGGAGUUACCUCAGGGUUAACGUUAGCAGCCGUAGUUCAUCUAUAUGCCCUUAGUAUGGACAAGACGGUGGAUGAAGCUUAUUGGACCUUCAAAAGAGAGUAUGAGAACGAUUUGCGAGCGGAACAAGAGUUCCAAGACCGAGUGACCAAAUUGAUGAAAGAGGAAGGUUAUAAAUGGCGAGGUAGUGCUGCUUCACGAUUGAGAAAGCUCGACGAGGAAAAGAUUGCUGCUCACGAUGCUUAG